AUGGAUUCUGACGCUGGCUCCACCAGCAGCCGCUCGUCAUCCCCUGACCUGGUGGUGGACGACUCAGCUGGGAGCUUCUUCUCCAACAAGAUGUUCCAGACCUACUACCAAGAAGGCAGAGCAGACGACGAGGCCAGCGAGGGCAGGAUGGAGCGCUGCGGUGGUGGCGGUAAGAUCAUGUCUGAGGACGGCAAGGAGGUGGUGCAGGACCUGAGGCUGAAAGUCAACAGCCGGGAGAGGAGGAGGAUGCACGAUCUCAACCAGGCGAUGGACGGCCUGAGAGAGGUCAUGCCCUACGCCCACGGCCCCUCAGUGCGCAAGCUGUCGAAAAUCUCCACCUUGCUUCUGGCCCGCAACUACAUCCUCAUGCUGUCAACAUCGUUGGAUGAGAUGAAGAAGCUGGUGGGUGACGUUUAUGGAGGCAGCGCUGCCAUCCAGAGCCGCACCGCAAGCCACCACGCCAUUACCCCCGCAGCCCCCACAGCCCACCACCCGCUCCAUCCUCUGGCACAGUCGCUGCACUCCCUGGUGGGUGGCACUCCAUCCGCGCUCCAGCACCAUCACUCGUCUUCCGUCCCAGUCCCACACUCCACUGCCAGCUUCCUGGGCUUUCAUGCUCCAGUCCAGGGCCUGCUGAAGGACCCCCUGCACCUGGCCAGCUCGUACAGGCACUUCCCUGGCAUGCCCUGCCCCUGCUCCCUCUGCCAGCCUCUGCCCACAACAACCUCCACAUUGCACAGCCUGUCUAUGAACAAGUGAGGGGGGGGCUCUCUCAGAACUGACCUGUGAUGUCUGGAUCAACACCAACCAGCUCACAGAAGAUUGUUUAAAAGAACUGCAAAAAUAAUGUCUGGUGCUACAAUUUGUACAUAAUGUAUAUAUACCUUCAUACCAUGUAGAAUGCUGCUAUUUUGUUUUACUAUGUAUCUCUUUGGUAUUGUUUAUACAGAAAUAUUCUAAAUGCACAAUGGAUCUCAUCAGAGGA